CCUCAAGGAGAAGAAGAACCAGACGCAAACCCACACAAGCUUAGCAGCAUUAGUCAGAGAGAGAGAGAGAGAGAGAGAGAGAGAUGGAAAAUCCCGAUCAAGUAGUUGUGACCAUAGACCAAGAAACCACCAAAAACCAAUCCCCGGAUCGAUCACAACCCAAGGACCCAACUUCCACUCCCCAGUUACUACACGCACUAACAAGGAAACAAACUCUCCGCCGUCUCAGCUUCUCCAAACCCAAGUCUCGCAACGUCGAGUUCAGUCUCCCGUCCGCCACGCGCCUACGCAUACAUGAAUCCGAGGAGCUCCAACCUCUUAACCCGAGCUACACAACAAGUGACGACGACGACAGCAGCAGCGACGAUGACGAAGACGACGACGAAGAUCUCGAUGUGGAUGAAGGAGGAACCGGAAAAGAGAAACAGUACCGGAAGAAGAAGAGGAAGAAAAUCAACUGUCUCGCCAUAAUCGAGUGGGCUUUAUUUAUCGUAAUAUUAGCAUGCUUAAUCUGCUCUCUCAAACUAAACCACGUCACCUGGGGGCUGGAGACAUGGAAAUGGUGCUUGAUGGUGAUGGUCACCUUCAGCGGCCGGCUCAUAUCGGGCUGGGUCAUCGGCUUUCUGGUGUUCGUCAUCGAGCGGAACUUCAUGCUGAGAGAGAGAGUGCUGUAUUUCGUGUAUGGGCUGAGGAAGAGCUUCCAGAGCUGUGUUUGGCUGGGCCUUGUUCUGCUGGCUUGGACUAUCAUGUUCAACUCCAAGAUUCACAAGAAGAACAAAAUGCUCAAAAAGGUAUUCCAAGCCCUAGUGGCAGUCCUAGUUGGCGCAACCAUUUGGCUAAUCAAAAUCAUCCUGGUGAAAGUCCUAGCGUCCUCCUUCCACGUGGCAACAUACUUCGACCGGAUGAAAGAAAGCGUGUUCCACCACUACAUUCUCGACACGCUUUCCGGCCCGCCCGUGGACGACGACAUGAUGGCUCAGCGCCAGAACCACCACUUACUAACGGCUUCCAAGUCGCUCCCGGCUAAGCUCAUGAAGAUGAAAAAGAGUAACGUUCUGAUAAAUUCAAAAUCGAAGAGGUUCGGGUCGAGGCGGCUUGAUAUGGAGAAGCUGAGGAAGCUGAGCCUGCAAAGGUCGGCUUCGGCUUGGAACGUGAAGCGGCUCGUGAGUUACGUUAGGUCGUUUGGGUUGUCGACUAUAUCGACGACGGUGGAUGAGUUCGGGAGGGCUGAGUCGGAGAUUACUAGUGAGUGGGAGGCCAGAACCACUGCCAAAAGGAUCUUUAAAAAUGUCGCCAAACCCGGUGCCAGGUACAUUGAAGAGGAAGAUCUAAUGAGAUUCCUAAACAGAGUUGAAAUUCAUACCAUUUUCCCUCUCUUUGAAGGAGCCCUUGAGACUGGAACAAUUGCUAAGUCUGCCUUCAAGAAUUGGGUGGUCCGCGCUUACUUCGAACGAAAAGGCCUAGCGCACUCAUUGAACGACACGAAAUCGGCGGUGCAGCAACUCCACAAGCUGGCGAGCGCGGUCGUUAGCGUGAUCGUAAUCGUGAUAUCCCUUUUGGUGAUGGGGUUGGCGACGACCAAACUCAUAUUCUUCGUCGUGACACAGGUGGUUCUCGUGGGAGUCAUGUUCCACAACACCUGCAAGACUAUUUUCGAGUCCAUCAUCUUUGUCUUCGUCAUGCAUCCUUUCGACAUUGGCGAUCGUUGCGUAAUCGACGGCGUUCAGGUGGUUGUGGAAGAGAUGAAUAUAUUGACCACGGUGUUUCUUCGGUACGAUAAUGAGAAGAUUUACUACCCGAAUUCAGUCCUGAUCACAAAGCCGAUUAGCAAUUUUUAUAGGAGUCCAGAGAUGGGUGAUGGAAUUGAUUUCACGAUCGAUUUCAACACCUCCAUGGAAUCCAUAAACGCCCUCAAAAAGGCCAUUCAAAUAUACCUAGAGAGCAAGCCGAAGCACUGGAACCCGAAUCACGACGUGAUAGUGACGGCGAUCGAGGACAUGAACAAGUUGAAGAUGUGCCUGUGCGUGCAGCACACCAUUAACCAUCAAAACUUCGGCGAACGGAGUGUCCGGAUGACAGAUCUUAUACUCGAGCUGAAGAAGAUACUCGGAGAAGUUGGCAUCAAGUAUAACCUUCUUCCUCAGGAAAUUCUUCUUACCCAAGUCAGUGCUGGCAAUUGGAGGCAGCAGCUGCCAUAACAGAAGUAGUACUUGUCAAAGAUAUCUCCUUGAACUAGCUAUAAUGAACUUUGUGUUUAUUGUGGUUGUGUGUACUUUAGUACUUUUAUCAUAUGCGGGUUUGGACGGCUGGGAACGUGGUAAUACCACGUGUGUACAUGGUACCCACCCAACACCUAAAAACUUUUUGUAAUUUACAGUUUUGGUUGCAAGCGCGCGGUGACCAGCGAGCAUUAUUGAUUCGUACAUUACUGUACUAAAGGAGAUAUUUAUUUAUGUUCCUCCGCUUUAAGUUU